CCAUCCCAACACAAACAAAAACGGCAGCAACCACAGCAACACCCCAACCAGACAGCAACCAUGUCCACCUUUUCUGACGAACAACUGCAGCAAUUUAUCUUUGAUGCCUUGGAGGCUCCCUGCAAGCAACCACAGCCACGUGCCAAGAGAAGCUCUAACAAGAAGCCAGGGAAGCAAAGGGUCAGCAAAAGCAUGUCGUCAUCAUCAUCAUCCUCUGCCAUGUCAUCAUCAGUCUCAUCAUCUACAUUAUCCAGAAGCCAGUUGGAUCCAGAAGAUAUUAUUUACAUUUUGGAGACCUAUGCUGAUGCAGAUGAUGGCAGUGCAGAUUUGUACCUGAAAUGCUUGAAGCACUCAUCCUAAUCAAGGUUCAGUAUUAUUGAGCA